AUGAAGAUGGCUGAGAAGGCGACCAUAGUUUCAUGGGGUGGAGUUGUCAGCAAUCCUCGAGAUGGAAUUGGCCCUCCGAUGGGCAGUGGGCACUAUUCUUCUGAAUUGGAAGGAAAAGCAGCAUUUGUGAAAAAUAUUGAGAUCUUCGAUUCGAAUGGCGGAUCCAUUGACCUUGCAAAUAUUGCAAAGUCUGAUGUUAAUCGGGAAGACUGCUAUAAUGUAUAUCCAGAAUUAUAUCACGACAACAAACUUCAUUUUUUCACAUAUUGGACGAGGGAUGAUUAUAAUUCAACAGGUUGUUAUAAUCUUGACUGCGAAGGCUUUGUAAUGGUCAAUUGGGAUAUACUUACACCAGGAAGUGUGGUUAAUCCUGUCUCCAUUUACGAUGGUCAGCAGUACUAUAUAACACUUAGUAUAAAAAAGGAUGCUAAAUCUGGAGAUUGGUUUUUAUAUAGAGAAGAUAUAGGUGAUGCCAAAUUAAUAGGCUAUUGGCCAAAAUCUCUCUUUACAACUUUAGCUGAUAGCGCAAAUAAGAUUUCGUGGGGUGGAGUUGUUAUUUAUGACAAGAAUGAUACUGGUCCUCCGAUGGGUAGUGGACAUUAUGCUAGUGAAUUGGAGAGAAAGGCAGCAUAUUUUAAAAAUCUUGAGAUGUUUGAUCAUGAUGGUAAUUCUCAUGACUUAUUUGAUGGCGCACAAGCUCGAUAUGACGACAAGGAAGCAUGCUACACACUUAGUGCACUUGUUAAUUCAGGCAAGUUCGGAUUGCAUGAUGGGCAUUUAUUUUAUUUUGGUGGACCCGGUGGAUGCUACAACUGA